AUGGACGUUCCUGGCUUCGCCUUGGUUACGGGAGCUGCCUCCGGCAUUGGGAGAGCAUGCGCUAACGCCUUUGCCCAAGAAGGAUCCGCUGGCGUCGCGCUUCUUGAUCUCAAUGCUGACGCACUUGCUACUGUCAAGGCUGAAAUUGAGGAGCAAGUCAGCAAGAAGCAACAAACCGGAGCAAACGGCAGCGCAAAGUCAAUUCAGAUUCUUACAUACCCUGUCAACAUCGCCGACGAAGCGGAGAUCACCCGCGUUGUCAACGAUGCAGCUGCCAAAUUUGGCAGACUAGAUUACGUCGUCAACGCCGCUGGUAUUGCGAUCAAGCAUGCUGGUGGUGCUGCAUUCGCCAAAACAGAGGACUGGCAGCGAGUUCUUGACGUGAAUAUCAACGGCACAUUUUACGUCCUUCGAGCAGCCGCGCAGAUUAUGCUUAAGCAAGAGCCAAUUCUUUCUACUAUUGAUGGCAGACCCCUCCAGCGUGGCUCUAUCGUCAACUUUGGAUCUAUUCAGGGCGUGGUUGGCAUCACCCUGUCGACUGCGUACACGACAACAAAGCAUGCAGUCAUUGGUCUUACCCGCACCGCAUCUGAAGAUUACGCUAAAGAUGGCCUGCGUAUCAAUGCCAUUUGCCCUGGAUACACGGAAACUCCCAUGACAACAAAGAACCCUGAGGUAUUGAAGGCUAUGGAGGAGAGAGUGGCUAGUGCGGUGCCGAUGCAGAGGAUGGGCCACGCAAAGGAGAUCGCGGACGGAGUCUUGUAUCUUGCCGGAGGUCGGAGUUCCUUUAUUACCGGGUCUGCGUUGAUGGUUGAUGGAGGCUACACAUCGAGGUAG